AUGGCACUUCCUGAGCAUUCCCUCCUGUUCUCCCUCAUUCCCCAGAACCUCGCUGCAGAAACCGCCAUCGGAAACUUGGGAAACAAGCCGUUUGUCUCAGAAUUACCAAUUCCCCGAGGACAGAAUGGCAGUAUCCGAGUCGUUUGCGUCAGAUCCAACCCCUCAAGCGCUUCUGGCCUGGAACCAAGCUUCCCCGGACACCGCAACGGGCCUGAUCAACCUGAUAGAACAUUCCGGUUUAUUCUAAACAAGAGGACUGGAGAGGUUCUGCUUGAAGACUUCUCCGAUGGCCAGGCUUUCAGGUUCACGGGUCCAAAUGCUAUUCCUUUUCCCAACCCUCCGCAUCCUCGCAGGCUCAUAAUGGAUUGUCACCACAACCUUGAGUUUGAAUGCCUUGAAGAGCCUGGUAGCUGGAGCAGGUGGGCUGUUUUCUGGCACCAGACCCCACCCGCACACCCUCCCCAGCGGCCUGCCUCGACUAUCCUAGCUGAUGACGAUGGCUCUGAAGUCUACACGAAAUACAAGACAACCCCUAAUUCUGGAGGUGACUUGAUCCGCUAUACUGACCGGGACUGGUCCUUUGCGUCAAAGUUCGGCGCUCCCCGGGUGGUUGUUGAUAUUGGCACCGGCCAGUAUCUAGCCGUCAGGAAAGUCUCAUAUCCGUUCAAGAUCGAAGCCCGUCGAUCUAUGUUGGAAAGAAUCAUCAGUGACAGCAGGCUAUCACAUGAAACCCCUACCAGCAUCGACAUUCUCAUGCCCGUGCAAGAGGGAGACCUUCUUUGGCUCAUGGAACACUACCAGAACCCCACCGACAACUUCCACCCGCUCGUCAAUACCGAUGAGAUGGGUCAGCUCCUACUUGGCCAAAUGCUUCUGGCUCUUGAUUACCUGGAGUCUAAGAGCGUGAUCCAUCACAAGGUUUGCCCGGGAAACAUCCUCGUCAACAUCGGCUUGGGCAGGGGCGAGAACGCCACCUUCCAGCUGUCCAACUUUGAAUACGGAGGCUUUAAAGGCACAAGCCUCUACGCCAACGACCCUUGUUUUAGGGCACCAGAGGCAUGCGGUUUGACGGACGCCCGAGAGUCACCCCGAACGGAUAUUUGGGGUCUAUGCGCGACUAUGGCAUAUUUCCUCGAUCCCGAUUUCCGAGGCUUUGUCAGUAGCAAGCCUUUAGAUGGUCUUGUUGCCAACGCAGUGUGUCUCGCGUCUGAUAUGUUCUUCGCGCUGAGAGGCAUGGGAGAGUGGGACGCCAACAAUCGUCCUUCGGCACGACAAAAGCUGGAGGAAGUUUUCGGCGAGGGUGUUGAGGGUUGA